GAGGAAAAUGGCCCAAACGACCGCACCAGCAACGUCCAUCCAUGAUGAGGACUCCUCUGAAAGCAGAAUGGUGGUUACGUUCCUCAUGUCAGCACUUGAGUCAAUG